UCAGGGAUCAGAAAAAAGGCUACUGCUGGUUUGCUGCGGGAAAGUUUAUCUCUGUCUUUCUCGCUUUCUUUUUCUCUUGCUCGCCAGUUCCCCACGCUUUCUUACGGGAGGCUGAAAUGGGCGCACAGAAAGUGAUCGAUCUCUUCUGUAGACCGGAUCCGUGGGAAAGGUUCUCGACAACCGACCGUUGUUCCUUCCAGCAGAGUGACGAUGGCUCGCAUCCCCAGAGGUCCAAGAGCUCUCUCUCACAUAGCCUUCCUGCUUGUAGCCAUGCGCUCAUUCCACCCAGCACCAUUGUCUCCCGUUCUUCAGGGCCUGGACUCAACAAACACCCCAGACUCAUUCACCCGCCUUGUUACCCCCCUUAGUCUUAAUCAGGGCCUAUUCUCCGGGGGAGCAGCUGGAGAGAGACACAACCCGUCUACCUGCAGAAAAGGUGGCCACGGAUACCAGUGGUCGAACCUCGACCGUGUCAAUGGUCACACAGCCAGUGAAACCGGACAGCAUCACUCUACGCCUGCCCCCGCUGCGGUUCUCUGGACUAUGUAUGUACUGUAACUACCAUACAGAUGGGCGAGAGAAAUCUGCGGA